CAAGAGAAGGAGAAAAUGUCAAGGUACACACCAACGAAAUAUACGCCAAGUAAGAGUAAUAAUGCAGCUGUUAAUUAUUACUACCACUUUCGAAAAGAUUUCCUUGCACCCUACGGAUUGGCCCAUAGUGAAAAAACCUUUUCAGAUGCAGACUUUGCUCAAAAGCUAAACGAUAUAAAUUGCGAGUUCUAUUGCAGACCUCAGGUAGCUAUAUCAGAAAUGGCCUCCAGCAUAGUGGAAAACCUAGAGUAUGUGAUUAAAAACACUCAAUGCAUGGAAGAAAAAAACAUGUCUAGAUUUAUCACAAAAAUACAAAAAAUAUUCCCAAGUUUGAAUGUCAUAAACUCAAAGGCUAACGUAGAUGGCGACAUAAAGAAGGCGCUAGAAGAUGUGAAAAAAUGUUUAACUUCAGAAAGCCUAUUUCUUGAUACUUUCAUUGAAGAGGGACUAAGAUUUGCAUCAUCAUUGUAUUUAUCAUUAAUAUGGCUACGCGCAGGAAAAUUUGUAAUGAAAAACCCAGAAAUUGUUUUGCAGAAACUUCAUCCAGCAGCUACAGGCUUUACACAAUUCAAGCGAGAUGUGUCAGCGGAUGCUUACAUGCAGGACAUUGCAACAGCCUUAGGGGCAUUGAAUUUAACAUCAACCACUAAGGAAUCCGUUAAACGAAAGUUGCUAAUAGAUAUUCCGUCCAGUGACGAGGAAGAGAUGUAUAUGCCUCCCAAAAAAAAGGUUAAUAACGAUAGCGACAACUAUGAUGAUGAGACACCUGACCCUAGUAAAAGAAAAUUUAAACACGACAGUGAUAGUGAAGAUGUAAAUAAUGAACAUCAUGUUAAGAAGAACAAAAAGUCGAAAAAAUCGAAGAAGCAGAAAAAGUUCUUAACUGACUCUGAAUAG